ACAGAAAUGCAUGUCACAUCAGGAUCCAUUUGGAAGGCCAUACACAAAAUCCCAAUCUUAAGAUGCAUGGAAAGGAGGAAAGGACUAUAUGUUGUCCAUUGAGGUACCGAGAACUCUGUACAGACUGUACUGUCAAAUGAGAAAAACUUACGUACAUGGCAUGCAUAAACGACACACAUUAUCGAAACAAUUACGUCAAAACAAUUAAAACACCAAAUGAACAAAGAAAUGUUUGUGAACAAUCUGGCUAUCGUUGUACUGAGAUUUGAGGUGCUCCCACUUCCCUCACAUAUAUAUCAUGACAAAGCUUCUUAGCGUUCAAUAUGAUGGUUCUAUGCAUGGAAUGUAUUUAAUAUGGCCAACCAUUCACAAUAGUAUUCAUCUGUCGCACGUUCUCAUUUUUCACCAGUUGUUUAGAAUUUUUCGUCUGCAAGGCAGUUGAGAAUAAUUUCAUAUGAGGACGGCAUACACGAUGAGAGACAGAGUGAGUGAGAGAGCGGGAUGAUGCCAAUCUGAUAAAGGGAAAAUGAAAUCAGAGAGUGGAUUCUGAGAUGGUGUUGGAAUACUUUAAGAUACAAGGUGGGAACCCACCAUGGAGGCUAGGCCUAUCACAGAACCUUUUACCAUGUAAGAUCCUCGUUCCUGUGCCGGCCAUUGUAUAUAUAUGUGUUGUCCAGUUCACUUUGAGAAGCCAAGUUAAAAGCAACUGCUUAACUUCUCUCCUUUUGCCCCCCAAUUAUAACCAACGCACUACCUCCAAAAAAAGAAAGAAGAAGCAUUACCAUCGGUUGAACUUGGACAUUCCCUUCCAGUGUGUCGUCUCAAACCAGAACGUAGAAGCAGCAACGCCAUGGCGACUCCGUCAAUUGCGUCGGAAACCCAUCAUGAAGCUGUCCUUGCUAACCCUGUACAGGCCAAAUCAAAAUCCUUUCUACAGCUCCCUUUACAUCAAAUAACUUUGAAGUUUGAGGACGUGGUUUACAAAGCGAGGUUGGAGCCAAAAGGAUUCUGCUGUGGUGCAACAUCAAGCUCUAAAGAGAAGACCAUAUUAAAUGGGCUGACGGGUAUGGUUUGUCCAGGAGAGCUACUAGCAAUGCUUGGCCCAACGGGGAGUGGAAAAACCACUCUCCUUACAGCCCUUGGAGGCCGACACACUGGAAAGCUGUCCGGAAAAAUCACAUACAACGGUCAGCCCUUUUCUGGUUCCAUCAGACGGAGAACAGGAUUUGUCGCGCAGCAGGAUACCCUAUACCCUCAUCUUACUGUAACCGAAACUCUUCUAUUCACUGCACUUCUAAGGCUACCCAAUAGCAUGGCCAAUGAUGAGAAAGUUGAGCACGUAGAGCGAGUUAUCACUGAGUUGGGACUAACUCGGUGUCGGAACAGCAUGAUAGGAGGACCACUGGUUAGAGGGAUAUCAGGUGGGGAGAAGAAGAGGGUGAGUAUAGGCCAAGAACUGCUAAUUAACCCAAGCUUACUAUUGCUUGAUGAACCCACCUCAGGUUUGGACUCAACCACAGCUCAACAGAUACUGACCACAAUCAAACAGCUUGCUAAUUGGGGUAGGACUGUGAUCACUACCAUUCACCAGCCCUCGAGCCGACUCUACCAUAUGUUUGAUAAGUUAAUAUUGUUGUCAGAAGGAUGCCCCAUCUACUAUGGUCCUGCAUCCACUGCUUUGGAGUACUUUUCCUCGAUUGGUUUUUCUACAUCCAUCACAAUCAAUCCGGCUGACCUCUUACUCGAUCUUGCCAAUGGAAUUGGAGCUGACUACAAUCAAUCAAUCGAGCAAGGAGAUAAAACGGAACAAGAGCGCAAGAGAGUGAGGGAUGAUCUAAUCUCUGCCUAUGACAAGAACAUUUCUACGAGAUUGAAAGCUGAAUUAUGUAGUUCGGAUGUCAAUAACACCACUUAUACCCAACAUGCAUCCACAAGGAGCAAUGCAAAGCCAGAGCAAUGGUGCACAAGCUGGUGGCAUCAAUUCAAUGUGCUACUUCUGAGAGGGCUGAGGGAGCGACGACAUGCAACCUUUAACAAGCUAAGAAUCAUCCAAGUCAUAAGUGUCGCAUUUCUUGGCGGACUCCUGUGGUGGCAAACUCCGACAUCACAUAUUGCAGAUCGUACUGGCAUGAUUUUCUUCUUCUCUGUGUUCUGGGGAUUCUACCCUCUACACAAUGCUGUUUUCACAUUUCCUACAGACAGAGCAAUGCUAAUCAAAGAACGUUCAUCUGGAAUGUACCGCCUCUCCUCCUACUUUUUAGCCAGGAUUGUUGGAGACCUGCCACUGGAGCUCUCGUUGCCAACUGCAUUUACCUUCAUAUUCUAUUGGAUGGGUGGGCUCAAACCCAAUCCAGUCACUUUCAUCCUUUUCCUCCUUGUAGUCCUUUUCAAUGUUCUUGUUUCACAGGGUCUUGGCUUAGCCUUUGGUGCCAUUCUCAUGGACCCCAGGAGUGCCACUACUUUAGCCUCAGUUACAACCAUGGUCUUCCUUAUGGCUGGAGGGUACUAUAUUCAACAUAUCCCUCCUUUCAUAAUGUGGUUGAAGUACUUGAGCUAUAAUUACUAUUGUUACAGGCUCCUUCUUGGGGUUCAGUACAAUGAGGACGCUUAUUAUGAGUGUUCAAAUGGAACCUACUGCCGGGUUGCAGAUUUUCCUGCCAUCAAGGCAGUGGGCCUGAAUCAUUUGUGGAUAGAUGUGUCCGCAAUGGCCGUGAUGUUGGUGGGUUAUCGUUUUGUUGCUUAUCUAGCCUUGUGCAAGGUGCGGUGAAUUAAGUUUUGCAGAACGCAUUACAGACAAUGUUUGAAGAGUUUCCCCUGUGGGACCAUUUUCGAAAAAUGUUUGAAGAGUUUCCAUUUCUUCAACUGACGAGUAAUGUUAGAUUUGAUGGGUACACUAUUGCCAGAUUUUGAUCGUUUCCCCAUGAGAAUAACAUGUACCAUCCUUUGGCUUUCGCCAAAUACUUAUAUGGAAAUUACAACUUCAGAAUUUUGUA